CUGCCCGCCGCUGCAGGCAGCGCGGCACCGGCACCGGGCACCCCUUUAUAGGCUCUGCCCGAGGGGGUGGGGGGCGGCGGCGGCCCCAGCCCCGAGGGGGCGGCUCCCCCCUAAAAGCCGGCGGCGGGACGCGCGGCGGGCAGAGGCGCGGCCGGCGCUCCCCGGUGCUCCGGGGCCGGCGCUCCCCGGUGCCGCUGCGGCUCGGCCCGCCAUGCCCCCGCGGGGGCCGCUCGCCCGGGCUCCGGCUCCUCGUUCCCGGUACAGCAGCAGCCGCCGCCGCCGCUACCGCUCGCCGCCGCCGCGCCCGAGGCUCUGAGCGCCGCCGCCGCCGCCGGGAGACCGCGCCCGCCCCGGCUCCAAGAUGCUCCGCCAAGGGGGGUUUGCGGAGCUGCUGCUGGUGCUGCUGGGGCUGAAGGUGCCCGCUGCCCUGGGCUGCCCCACCGACUGCGUGUGCUACCCCUCCCCGAUGACCGUCAGCUGCCAGGCUCACAACUUCGUCACCAUCCCCGAGGGCAUCCCCGAGGACAGCGAGAGGAUCUUCCUCCAGAACAACCAGAUCACCUUGCUGCUGCGGGGCCACUUCAGCCCUUCCAUGGUCACCCUCUGGAUCUACUCCAACAACAUCACCUUCAUCGACCCCAACACCUUCGACGGGUUCGUCAACCUGGAGGAGCUGGACCUGGGGGACAACCGCUACUUAAGGGCUUUAGCUGCAGACACUUUCCAAGGGCUGGUGAAACUCCAUGCCUUGUAUCUGUACAAGUGCGGGCUGAGCUCCCUCCCCAGCGGGAUUUUCGGUGGCCUCCACAACCUGCAAUACCUUUACCUGCAAGACAACCACAUCGAGUUCCUUCAGGAUGAUAUUUUUGUUGACUUGGUUAACCUCAGCCAUCUUUUUCUCCAUGGAAACAAGCUCUGGAGCCUCCAUCAGAACACGUUCAGGGGACUAAUAAACCUGGAUCGGCUGCUCAUCCAUCAAAAUCAGCUGCAGUGGAUUCAUAGGCGGGCUUUUCAUGACCUCCGAAGAUUGACCACCCUUUUCCUGUUCAAUAACAGCCUCUCGGAGCUGCAGGGGGACUGCCUGGCCCACCUGGGAGCCCUGGAGUUUCUCAGGCUGAACGGGAACCCAUGGAGCUGCGACUGCAAAGCCCGUUCCCUCUGGGAAUGGCUGCACAGGUUCAGAGGCUCCAGCUCCAGCGUCAUCUGCGAGUCCCCCGAGCAGAUGCACGGCAAGGACCUCAAGGUGCUAAGAGCAGAAGACUUUAGGAACUGUUCAGGGUCCGAGUCGCUCCACCAGAUGAAAACACACACCUCCAAAUCCCACCACCCGCACCACUCCUCCAAGGAGAAGGGGAAGGAGCGAGGGGCUGAGAACAGUUUGCACAGCAGCCAGCCCGCCGGCCCCCCCGGCUCCCGGCCGGGCUACCGCAAACCCGGCAAGAACUGCACCAGCCACAAAAGCCGCAACCGAACCUCCAAACCCGAGUCCUUGGGGCCGCGCAAAAGCGGGCAGGAGGUCCCAGACUAUGUGCCUGAUUAUCAGCACAAGUACAGCUUCGGGGCCGUGCCCACGCUGUCCCCCAAGCGCAAGGGUAAGUGCACCCGGCGGACGCCCAUCCGCCCGCCCAGCGGGGUCCAGCAGGCCGCCGGCUGCCCGGGGCUCAGGGCAUCGCUCCUGGUUUUUAUGGUGGUGCUGGCGGCCGUCAUCCGCUGAGCCCCCCUCCCUCCGGCCGCGGACGGAGCGGAGCUGCACUGCCACCAAUCUACAAAGGACCAGAGUUUCUUUUCUUCUUCUUUUUUUGUGCGUGGCUCAGCGUUGGCCUGGCGAAGGGAAGAACGUUGUCUCGGCUUCUGAGGGUUUGUCUCCGCGCCCGGCCGGACUGUGCCGAGCGCAGCGGGAGCAGAUUAAAAGGCAUUAUCACACCUUGUCACAAACAGCCUAACCGAGCACCUACAGCAGCAGCAACAGCAAAGCCAACCUUACAAAAAAGCAGAUAACGGGGACGGUAGCCGAUUUGUCGGUGACAGCACCCGGACAAAUGGACUGUAUCCAUGCUCUUGUGAAAUCCCGUUCGUUUGAGAGCGCUCCGAGCGACCCCUCCAAUUACCGAAAGGAACAUAAUUGCUGUAAAAACCAUCACCGAUUAAGCCUACACUGUUUCUCUCUGAAAGUGAGUGCAAGGACACUGAUACCGAUGUAAUAAGGACAUUUGGUUCUCCCACGUUUUAGCCCUUUUGGCUCCAAACCCAGAGGCCAAAGUUGGCUGGGAAUCUCUUAGAAGACAAUCUCAAACCCCUGAAUAUCUCAGGCAUUACAGCAGAACAGGGCUUGCCUGCUGGGCUUGGAGUAGCCAACAACCAAAGGAAAGACUGAUUAGAGGUGGAAUCAAACAAACAAAAAAACCAAACCCCAACAAACCCAACACAUAAAGAAAUGAGGUACCUGCAGGAGGUGUGUUUUUUGUAACCAUGUUCACACAUCUGAGAAAAAAAAAAAAAACCAACAAUUGCACAGGCUCUCCCUCUUCCCCUCAAUUAUCCAUAUGUAUGUCUUACAAUGUUUAUAAACUAUAUGGAAACUGUA